AUGCGGGUGGCCAAGUGGCUGACCGGGCUGCUCUACCAGCUCUCGCUCUUCAUCACCAGGUCUUGGGAAGUUCGCUUCCACCCCAGGCAAGAAGCUCUGGUGAAGACACUGGCCUCCUACGAAGUGGUGACCCCGGCGCGGGUCAAUGAGUUCGGAGAAGUGUUCCCUCAGAGCCGCCACUUUAGCCGGAAGAAACGCAGCUCCGAGGCGCUGGAACCCACGCCUUUCAGGACCCACUACCGCAUUAGCGCCUAUGGGCAGCUCUUCCAGCUGAACCUGAGCGCCGACGCGGCCUUCCUGGCCGCUGGCUACACUGAGGUGCACCUGGGAGCCCCUGCUCAUGGUGCCAGAGAGCGCAGCAUGGAGACCCCAGACCUGCGUCACUGCUUCUACCGCGGCCAGGUCAACGCUCAGGAGAAUUACACCGCAGUCUUCAGCCUGUGUGGAGGCCUGAUGGGAACAUUUAAAGCACAUGAUGGUGAAUACUUCUUAGAACCUAUAAUGAAAGCAGAUGGGAGUGAACAUGAAGAUGAUCAUAACAAGCCACAUCUUAUAUACAGACUGGAGUUAAAGAAGAGCUCUUAUUUGCAAUCUCAUAAGCCUUGUGAAGUUUCAGAAAAUCAAAUAAAGAAAAUGGCUUUACCCUUUCAUAACCACAGCGACAUGAAUGAAGAUCUUAAUGUAAAGAAGGAAAUAGUUUUAGGAUACCCUUCAAAAAAUGUAACAAGGGAAGAUGAAAGAAGUCAAUUACAUUCCAGGAAUAAACGAUUUAUAUCAUACCCAAGAUACGUGGAAGUUAUGGUUACAGCUGAUGCUAAAAUGGUUCAUUAUCAUGGGCAGAAUUUGCAGCACUAUAUAUUAACUCUAAUGUCAAUUGUUGCAGGAAUUUAUAAGGACCCAAGUAUCGGAAAUCUUAUAAACAUAGCCAUCGUAAAAUUAGUCAUAAUUCACAACAAACAGGAAGGACCAGUCAUCAGUUUUAAUGCAGCUACCACGUUACACAACUUUUGUUUAUGGCAACAAACUCAGAAUGUGCUUGACGAUGCUCACCCUUCCCACCAUGACACUGCUAUACUUAUCACCAGGGAAGACAUUUGUGGAGCUAGAGAGAAAUGUGACACGUUAGGCCUGGCAGAACUGGGUACCCUGUGUGAUCCCUUGAGGAGCUGCUCCAUCAGUGAAGAGAACGGACUCAGUGCUGCCUUUACCAUCGCCCAUGAGCUUGGGCACGUGUUUAAUGCUCCACACGAUGAUAGUUUUAAAUGUAAAGAAUCUGGUAUGAAACAUCAGUAUCAUGUCAUGGCCCCGACUUUAAAUUACCACUCGAAUCCUUGGACCUGGUCAAAAUGUAGUCAGAAAUACAUCACUGAAUUCCUAGAUACUGGUCAUGGGGAAUGCCUUCUUGACAAACCAAAUGGAAGAAUAUAUGAUCUGCCUUCACAACUUCCUGGAUUAAUAUAUGAUGCAAACAAGCAAUGUGAACUUAUGUUUGGUCCUGGAUCACAAGCGUGUCCCUAUUUGAAACAGUGUAGGCGUCUGUGGUGCACGAGUGCAGAAGGCCCUCACAAAGGCUGUCUUACUCAGCACAUGCCCCUGGCAGAUGGAACACACUGUGGUCCUGGGAUGCACUGCCGCCGUGGGUUAUGUGUAAACAAAGAGAUGGAGACACGUCCUGUAGAUGGUGAAUGGGGACCCUGGGGACCUUACAGUUCUUGUUCAAGAACAUGUGGAGGUGGAAUCAAAAGCACAAGCAGGCUCUGUAAUCGUCCCGAGCCAAGAAACGGAGGAAAGUACUGUGUGGGCCGCAGGAUGAAAUUUCGAUCAUGUAACACUGAUUCAUGUCCAAAAGGCAAGCAAGACUUUCGAGAGAAGCAGUGCUCUGAUUUUGAUGGUAAACAUUUCAACAUCAAUGGUCUUUCCCCUAAUGUGAGAUGGCUUCCAAAGUACAGUGGGAUUGCCAUGAAAGAUCGCUGUAAGCUGUACUGUCGGGUGGCUGGAACCACUAACUUCUACCAGUUGAAGGACAGGGUUGCUGAUGGUACUCCUUGCGGAACUGAAACUAAUGACAUCUGUGUUCAAGGCCUGUGUCGGCAAGCUGGAUGUGACCACGUGUUAAACUCCAAGGCCAGGAGAGACAAAUGUGGGGUGUGUGGUGGGGAUAACUCUUCCUGCAGGACGAUGGCAGGUGUCUUCAACAGUGCUCAUUACGGUUAUAAUGUCAUUGUGAAGAUUCCCACAGGAGCAACAAACAUUGAGAUUCUUCAGCACAGUUACUCUGGAAAACCAGAAGAUGACAAUUAUCUUGCAUUAUCUGAUGCUCGAGGAAAUUUUCUUUUGAAUGGAAACUUUGUUGUAAGUAUGUCAAAAAAAGAAAUCAACGUGCAAGGAGUUAUUUUUGAAUACAGUGGUUCAAACAACUCGGUUGAAAGAAUUAAUAGUACUGAUCGUCUGGAAGAAGAACUUAUUUUGCAGGUGUUGUGCGUGGGUAAUUUAUACAACCCCGAUGUACGUUACUCUUUCAAUAUCCCUAUGGAAGAGAGGAGAGACCUGUUCACGUGGGAUCCACUGGGGCCAUGGCAAGACUGUACCAAGAUGUGUCAAGGUCUUCAUAGAAGAAAAAUUGCCUGCAUACGCAAGAGUGAUCAUAUGGUGGUGUCUGAUCAAAGAUGUGAACAUUUGCCACUUCCAUUGCUUGUGACUGAAAGAUGCAAUACAGACUGUGAACUGAGGUGGCACAUCAUUGGCAAAAGUGACUGUUCAUCCCAAUGUGGUCAAGGCUAUAGGUCCUUGGAUGUCCACUGUAUGAAGUAUUCCAUCCACAAAGGGCAGACUGUUCCAGUAGAUGACCACUACUGCAGAGACCAACUGAAACCUCCAACCCGAGAGCCCUGUCAUGGAGACUGUGUCUUAACAAGAUGGCAUUAUUCAGAAUGGUCCCAGUGUUCCAGGAGUUGCGGAGGAGGAGAAAGGUCUCGAGAAUCUUAUUGUAUGAAUAAUUUUGGCCACCAUCUUGCUGACAGAGAAUGUCAAGAGCUUCCCCGAGUAUUAAUGGAAAAUUGCAAUGAAUUUUCCUGUCCCAGUUGGGCUACUAGUGAGUGGAGUGAGUGUCUUGUUACCUGUGGAAAAGGAACAAAACAGCGGCAGGUCUGGUGUCAGCUCAAUGAGGAUCACUUGAGUGAAGGCUUUUGUAAUCCAAGUACCAAACCUGAGUCUCUGGGACCAUGUGAGCUUCUUCCAUGUGCUUCCUGGCAAGUGGGACCAUGGGGAUCGUGCACAGCCACAUGCGGACAUGGGUAUCAGAUGCGUGCUGUUAAGUGUGUCAGCGAGGUCUUUAGUGCAGUGCUAGAUGACAGAGACUGCCAUGGACUUAGUCGUCCAAAUGACCGGCAGGAUUGUAUGGUUACACCUUGCCCAAUUAUCCCCGAAGUUGGGGCUACUUUACUGCCCGCCGUUCCUUUGGGAAAGUUAGCACAAUGGCGACACGGUUCUUGGACCUCAUGCUCCGUGUCUUGUGGAAGAGGUAUUCAAGCCCGCUACGUGAGCUGCCGUGAUGCUCACGACGAAAUAGCAGAUGCAUCACAUUGUGCCCACUCCCCACAACCUGCUGAGGUAUCGGUCUGUUUUAACCCUUGUGGAGAAUGGCAAGCAGGGAAUUGGUCGCCUUGCUCAGCUUCCUGUGGCUAUGGAAAGACAACUCGGCAAGUUUUAUGCAUCCACUACCUUCAGCCAAUUGAUGAGAAUUACUGCGACCCUGAAGUUCGUCCUUUGAGAGAACAAGACUGUAACCUGGCAGCCUGUCCACCCACAUAUAGCCACUUUCCUAGCUCCUCUGAGCAGCCAAGCCAUUUCCCAGGCAGGAAUUUUCCAUUAACUCACAAACCUGAAGACAAUCAAAAUCUGGGGCUUCAUCCAUCAGUCGGAGGAAGCCAGUGGAGAACAGGACCUUGGGGAGCGUGCUCUAGCAGCUGUGCUGCAGGUGUCCAGCGUCGAGUUGUGGUCUGCCAGGAUGAAAAUGGACACAGUGCCAGUUACUGUGCUGCGGCCUCCAAGCCCCCUGAGUCUAAGCACUGUGACUCAGGACCUUGUCCACAGUGGAACUACGGAAACUGGGGAGAGUGUACACAAACAUGUGGAGGAGGAAUCAAGUCAAGAUUUGUAAUAUGUCAAUUUCCCAAUGGCCAAAUCUCCCAAGAAGACAACUGUGAAGUGCUGAAGAAGCCACCUAGUAUGGUUCAGUGUCACAUGCAUGCUUGCCCUGAUGCUGCAUCCUGGCAUCGGGGACCGUGGAAGUCGUGCUCUGCUUCUUGUGGUAAAGGUAUAAAGUACCGUGAAGUGCUCUGCAUUGACCAAUUCCUAGGGAAAUUAGAAGAAAAAUAUUGCAGUCACCUCAGGAAACCUCGAACUCACAAAGUCUGUAGAUCUGUCCGAUGCCCUGCAUGGAAAGCCAACAGAUGGAAGGAGUGCUCUGUGACCUGUGGUUCUGGGGUUCAGCAAAGGGAUGUGUUCUGCAGACUGAGAGGUACUGGUCGAGUGGCCGAAGAAAUGUGCGAUCAGUCUACCAGGCCUUAUUUUCAGAGGCAAUGUUGGCGCCAGGAUUGCGUGCAGUAUCAGUGGAUUGCAGGAGAGUGGCUGAAUUGUUCUACAUCAUGUAAGAAAAAAGAGACGCAUCGGCUAGUGAAGUGCACUGAUGCACAGAAUAUUCAAGUGAAUGAAAGUUUCUGUGAUCCUUCAACCAGACCUCUUUCAACCAAAAAAUGCAGGAACCCUCUUUGCAAGUACAUUGUGGUCACGGGGGACUCAUCACAGUGUCCAGGUAACUGUGGGUUUAGUUACCGACAAAGGAUUACAUAUUGCAUUGAGUUCUGGUCUACUAAGAAAUAUAAGCCCCAUCAGCUUUGGCCUAUAGACUACCAAGAAUGUCCGGUGCUACCUUCCUCUCAGGGUUACAAAUGCAAUGUUAGGAGCUGCUUGCAUGUGGCCACUUGGAACGUUGGAAAAUGGAGCAAGUGCUCAGUGACUUGUGGAAUUGGAGUUAUGAAGAGAAGAGUAGAAUGCAUGGCUGAAAAUGGUUGGCCCAGUGAUUUAUGCUUAAAGAGUUUAAAACCAAAUGCUCAGAAAAAAUGUUAUGUUGAUGAAUGUAAAUCAUUUACAACCUGCAAAGAAAUCCAAGUGAAAAACAACGUUACCAAAGACGGUGACUAUUACCUUGACAUUAAGGGAAGGAUAGUAAAGAUCUAUUGUUCAGGCAUGCACUUGGAGAACCCAAAGGAAUAUUUAUCACUGGUCAAAGGCGAAGAAGACAACUUUUCUGAAGUGUAUGGCCUUAGGCUACAAAAUCCAUAUGAAUGUCCUUUUAAUGGAAGCAGGAGGCAAGACUGUAAAUGUAAAAAUGACUACUUAGCUGCUGGAUACACUGUUUUCAGCAAAAUAAGAAUUGAUCUCACUUCCAUGCAAAUUAAAACUACAGACCUCCUUUUUUCCCAGACAAUAUUUGGAAAAGCAGUUCCAUUUGCCACAGCUGGAGAUUGCUACAGUGCUGCCAGGUGCCCACAGGGGCAGUUCAGCAUUAAUUUGGCAGGAACGGGGAUGAAGAUCUCUAGCACAGCAAAGUGGCUUGCUCAGGGGAGUUAUGCCUCUGUCAUCAUACACAGAUCACAAGAUGGAACCAAAGUCUAUGGCAGGUGUGGAGGGUUUUGUGGAAAGUGUAUUCCUCACAUGACUACUGGCCUUCCAGUUCAAGUAAUAUGAAUAUUCGGAAGAGGGAAAUACACCCCAAAGAGAUACUGCCUGGGACGUGCAAAGAACUGGUGCUCAUGUCUUUACUCACUUCCUGAAAUGUCUGUGUCCACAAUGUCUCUGCCUUUUUUUUCAGAGUGCUCACCAGGGAUUCAAAUCAUUGCUUAUUCUUUACAAGGACUUCAAAAUAAACUUAACAGAUAUAUGUGAUUCUAAUCAGAAUCUUUAAAAAGAACAAAAUUGGGGCCAAGGG